GCGAGCAGGAAGGUGCCGCUGAUGGCGGCGGAGAAGCCGUAGGCCUCGGAGCGCUCCAUGGCGCGGGCCGGCCGGAGCUCGGGGCGAGCCUGGGUUUCCGGGGAAGGAAGGGAUUGUCCGCAGCACGCGGAGGAGGAAGCGGAGCAUUGUAGAGCCACCUCGGCCCAGUGUUACACCACUUCAGAGGCGCCUUCAACCUCCGGCCGGCGGCCUGGAGCUGAUGAUAAUUGGAGCUAAUAUUGCUUACGCUUUUUUUUCUGUUUUUUGGGUAAGAAAAAAUUCUUAGUAAUGAUAUGAAGAUUUUUUGUCUUGGGCAUAUUCAGAUUAAUCACAUACAAUGGAUUCAAUUUCUAAAGUUAAUGUUUAACUUUUUUUGUCCGAAUAAAAAUAACAAAUGGAAUAUUUUACAAAUCUUUUUACAGUGUAUUAACUUUUACAUAAUGAUCGUGUUUACUUAUUUUAUUAAAGGAGAGAGAAAAGGAGGAAAGAAAGCGUGUAAAACUGAAUCAGACCAUAGUCACCAAAGGCCUUUCUUACAAGGUCCCAGUGUGCUUUCAACUCCCAUUUAAGAGAAGGGCAGGUCAGCACCUUGUUAAGAUCUUAGAGGACUGGGACCUUCCAGUGGACAGCUUACUGGUCACGUACUGCUGCCUGGGCUUCCUUCUUGUUUCCAUCUGCCAAACUUUCAUCUGCCAAUACUUCCUUAUUAUUUUUUCCAUAUCAGCUACUGAGAUGUCAUCUGAUUAUGAAUGGCUGGGGAAGUGAUUUGCACAAUCCUGAGUAGGAGAGGUGGUGGUCCAUACUAAGAAAAUAUUUGCAAAUUCCUGUCUUAACACAUAGGAGUGGUUAUUUUAUGCAGUAUUUUUGUAGCUGUGUCAGUCCCAGCAUGAUAGAGAUGCCUGCUGGGUGAGGUAAUAUCUUUUAUUGGUGAGCAAGACAAGCUUUCUACCUUACAGAGAGUUGUUCUUCAGCUCUGGGAAACUUAAUCAGAGUGUCUCAGCUAAUAACAAGGUGGAACAGAUUGUUUAGCACGGUGCUUUUCAACCUGUGCUCUGUGAACCCGUGCGGGUCCGCAGACUAUGUCUAAGAUUUCCAGAAGGGUCCACGCCUCCAUUCAAAAUUUGUUAGGGGUCUGCAAAUUUAAAAUAGGUUGAAAACCACUGGUGUAGCAUAAGUAGUUAACACACAUGUCAAGGAACCAUUCAAGGUGAAGUGACCCAUAUUUUAUAGUAUUUGCCACUUAAGCUUCAUUAAGAACUUUGUCUCUUUCAGAAUAAUGUUUAUCUUAAGUAUUAUGAAUCCUGUGCAAUAAUUAUGUUUAUAAAUACUCUAGGUUUGGCUGUUUUAUACUGGUUCAAGGCAAACUCACUCUUUUGUUACAAGAUGCAGCAUUUCACACAUCAACUGGAACUGUUUCCUGACUGUAGUGUGACUCUUGUUUUGUUUAACGAUGUCAAAAAUGCUGUUGCUCUAAGAAAAAAAGCAAUGGAAGGAUCUAUUGAUGGAGCAUUAAUAAAUCCUACAAUGAUUGUUGAUCCAUUUCAGAUACUUGUGGCAACAAACAAAGCAGUUCACCUACACAGGAUUGGUAAAAUGAAGACUAGAACUCUUAAUGCAGAAAUUAUUUUCAACCUUUCCCCAAACAACAAUAUUUCAGAUGCAUUGAAAAAGUUUGGUAUUUCAGACAAUGAUUCUGCAGUGCUCAUUGUUCUGAUUGAAGAUAAAGAAAAAACUGUAAAUCUGGAAGGCAUAAUAUCUCAAGUGGAAGGUCAGCAGGUUUCUCUAGCAGAACUCCACAAAAUAACAGAUAUAGCCAAAGUUAAAAAGAUGUACAAACUUACUCCACAGGAAGAAAAAAUUGGCACGUUACUUGAUGGCAUCAUUUGCAGAAUGUCAACAAAAGAUAUUUCAUGAAAACAUUCAAAUAAAAUCCAUUUUAAAACUA